GGCAGUGGGGUGGGAAAGCAGGCUGGUUCCCAGCUCUGCUGUGGCUGCGGUGCACAUCAAUCACUGCACGGGGGUGUUGGGGUUGGGAAGAGGCGGCUCUGCAGAAGGCGCUGCCUCGGACGCGGAGGCAGCCUGGCCGCGAUGAGCUCUGCUGGAGCCAUGGGGAGCUGGCACCAAGUGGCAGAGCAGGGGGACCAUCGGCCAUGACGACGGAGACGGGUCCUGGCUCGGAUGUGAGGAACGCGCAGGAGGAGGCUCCGCAGCAGCAGCUGGAAGCAGCCGCAGCCACCAACCCCUCCGGCCGGGACACCGAGGUCAAUGAGAAGCCUGGAGCACAGUCUGAUGCCCGAAGUACAGAGCUGGGCGCAGACAUGGAGGAGAAGGACUACAGCGAGACGGAUGGUCUCUCUGACAAAACAACCCCCAGCAAGACCCAGAAGUCACCCCAGAAAACCAGCAAGAAGGUGAAGAGUGCCCUCUGCAGAGUGACCCUGCUUGAUGCCUCCGAGUAUGAGUGCGAGGUGGAGAAGCACGCCCGAGGCCAGAUCCUCUUUGACAUGGUGUGUGAGCACCUCAACCUCCUGGAGAAGGACUACUUCGGCCUCACCUUCUGCGACUCGGACAGCCAGAAGAACUGGCUGGACCCUUCCAAGGAGAUCAAGAAGCAGAUCCGCAGCGGGCCCUGGAACUUUGCCUUCACUGUGAAGUUUUACCCUCCAGACCCUGCCCAGCUCACGGAGGACAUCACAAGAUACUACCUGUGCCUGCAGCUCCGUGCGGACAUCAUCACGGGGCGCCUGCCCUGCUCCUUCGUCACACACGCUCUGCUGGGCUCCUACGCCGUGCAGGCCGAGCUGGGGGACUACGAUGCUGAGGAGCACGUGGGCAACUACGUCAGCGAGCUCCGCUUUGCGCCCAACCAGACGCGGGAGCUGGAGGAGCGCAUCAUGGAGCUGCACAAGACCUACCGGGGAAUGACCCCCGGGGAAGCGGAGAUCCAUUUCCUGGAGAACGCCAAGAAGCUCUCCAUGUACGGGGUGGAUCUACACCAUGCCAAGGACUCCGAAGGCAUCGAUAUCAUGCUGGGUGUCUGUGCCAACGGCCUCCUCAUCUACAGGGACCGGCUGAGGAUCAACCGCUUCGCCUGGCCCAAGAUCCUCAAGAUCUCCUACAAGAGGAGCAACUUCUACAUCAAGAUCCGCCCGGGUGAGUACGAACAGUUUGAGAGCACCAUUGGCUUCAAGCUGCCCAACCACCGCUCCGCCAAGCGUCUCUGGAAGGUCUGCAUAGAGCAUCACACCUUCUUCAGGCUGGUGUCCCCGGAGCCGCCUCCCAAGGGAUUCCUGGUGAUGGGCUCCAAGUUUCGGUACAGCGGGCGCACGCAGGCGCAGACCCGGCAGGCCAGUGCCCUCAUCGACCGCCCGGCUCCCUUCUUUGAGCGCUCCUCCAGCAAACGGUACACCAUGUCUCGCAGCCUUGACGGAGAGUUCUCGCGCCCGGCUUCCGUCAGCGAGAACCACGAUGCCGGGGCGGAGGGCGAGAAGCGGGAUGAGGACGGUGAGUUUGGCAACAGGAGACGGUCCGAGACGGAGGAUGAGGAGGUGACCACCCCGACGAAGAUCAAGGAGCUGAAGCCGGAGCACGAAACAACCCCCAGGCACAAGCAGGAGUUUUUAGACAAGCCAGAAGAUGUUUUGCUGAAGCAUCAGGCCAGCAUCAACGAGCUGAAACGGACCCUGAAGGAGCCCAACAGCAAGCUGGUUCACAGGGACCGGGACAGGAGGCUGCCUUCCUCACCAGCCUCUUCCUCACCCAAGCACGAGGAUGAAACACCAAAGGGAACCCCAGAAAAGGCCAGCGAGACGAUAGAAGAGGACACCCUAGACGAUUUUGCAUCUGACCACGGAGCUUCCCUAAGCAUGGAGUCUUUCACGCAGAAAAGCCUUGUCUCCUCUCCUGAGGGCUCGGAGCAUUGGGUAUUUAUAGAGAGAGAAACUCCUAGAGUGGAAGCAGUAGCUCUAAGGAAAGCUCUGGGAGUCAAGAAAGAAGCACGUGCAGGUACCUCAGAGGUGAAAAUGAGCACGAGCGUAUCCAAGGUGGAGAUGGCAGUAGGGAAAGCCAAGGACGUGGCAGGCCAGGAAGAGCCAGCAGAUGCAGCCCUGGAUACCCGGAUGAGAGCAAAGAUGAUCGCUAGUCCUGAGGAUUUUGAGUCUGUCUGGGAGGAUGAGGUCUGUGAGAAGGAAAGCAGGGGGGAGCCCAGCCUGAAGGCAGAGCGCCGGCCAGUGGACAGCAACGAGGAGCACCGAGAGCAGGGCAAGGAAGUCACCCCCGGUGAGCCAGGUCUGCCCAAGCCACGUCAGCAGCCUGAAGAGAAGCAAAGGACCAAGUCUGUGGGGCCAGAACCUCCGCAAGGGGAAAGCGAGCUGUUCUCCAAGGACCGUGCCUCUGCAGCCUGCAGGAAGCAGGAGGCCAGAGCGCCGGCCACAGAGCUCAUUAAAAUCAAAGUGAAGGCUAAUGAUGAGAGCUCGGAGACCUCCACAACCCAGAGGAUCAUCUACCUGGGAGAUCCAGAGGAAGAGGAGAAGGACAGUAAAAACCUGUUCUCGGAGGCUGGAGCAUGGCUGGGCUUGGAGGAAAGAGCAGAAGCUGCUGUGAAUGCCCCCAGGGAGGGAUCUGGGCACAUGGUGUCUGCAGAAGAUGGGUUCCAACCCCUGUCCUCAGCAAGCCAGCAACACAAGGCAGUGUCUGGAAAACCUGCCGAAGCCCUGGAGCAGCCCUGGGCAGGCUGGGAUGGGACCGGGCAGGAGGAAGGGCUGCCCUUACAGCAAGAAGAAGCGUCUGCUGUGCUGACAGGCUGCGGAGCACCCGAGGGAGGUGAAGCCCUACUGAGUUCCCAAGAGGUGGGACCAGAGGAUACGGAUGGAAGUCCAGUGGGAGGCUCGAAGCCGUGUGGCCUGGCAGGGGAUGGCCAUGGGGUUGAGGAGCACAAAGGGAGCCCAGUACAGAGCCCGGAUAUCUGCAUGGCAGCGGAGGGGCUCUCAGGAACAGUUGGUGACAAGGAAGAGAGUGCCGGAGUGGUUCUUCAGAUGGAAGAGAUAGAGACCCAGUCGCCUCCAUCAGCUGUGCCUGAGCAGAGCCACCCUCACACCACUGCAGGGUCAGAGGGGGACAAACCCAGCUCUCUUGCCCUUACGUCCUUUUCUCAUCAGUCCACCCCUGUCCCUGCAGAGCCAGCCCCAGGCACUGAAACUGAGGCCAGAGAUGUGUCCCAGGGCACCAGCCCUGUGAGAGCUGUGGCCAUAGCCAAGGAUGUGAACCCUGCAGCAGGGGUGGCAUGCAAAGAAACAAGCCCUGUGGUAGGCAGAGGAGCACCCAGGGAUGUGAGCCCUGUAUCAGAGGUGGCAAUACCCUGGGGCACCAAUCCUCUAUCUGAAGAACAACCCCAAGACGCUGCAUGGAAACCGUGCCAAGAUGCAAGUCCUGUCGCAAGAGGACUACCCCAAAACACAGAUGCUGCCCCAGAGCCCAUCCAGCUCAGAGACCCAGCCACAGGGGAAGUGGCCCAGGACAUUGAUCCUGUCACAGCGAGGGCAACCCACAGCAAAGUCCCUGCUACAGGAGAGCCACUCCAGGAGGAGAAGCCCAUGAGAAAAGAGCUCUCAUCAGGGAAGUUGACCAGAGAUGAAGGCUGUAGGAUGGAAGAAUUGUCCCAUGACAAAAGCCCUUGCAUAGAAGAGCUGCCUGCCAAGGCAGAAGAACCAGAACAACAGACCAUAACAGGAGACCUGCCUCCAGAGGGCCCCAGGGCUGAAGGGCUGCUCCACACUGCAGAACCCAAAGAGCAGGAGCCACCCUGUGAUUUGGAGUUUAAUGCAGGACAAGGUCUGCAGUGCAGGAGCCCUACAGUAGGAGAAACUGCCAGGAACAGUGACCUUACCCUGGGGCAGCCAACACAGGAUAAGUCCUCUCCCAAAGAAGAUGCUGAUGUCGUGCACUCCAAAGCCCCUGUAGCAGGGUUGUGUCAAGGAAGCAAGACGUACCAGCUCUCCACCUUGAUCUUUGAAGGUGGGGAAGAGCUGCAAGUGAGCAAUGGGACACGUCCAAUAGAGUCUGGGUCGUUGCUGUGCAUGACUGGGAGGACAGGAGCUGUGUCCCAGGAGCAUGGAGAUGUGGCCUCAGGUAGCUGUCAGGACAGUGACUGCUACAGGAAAACCUCCGUGGCCUCUAAGAUUAAGAUGUUUGAGCAAAGCGAAGCGGAGCGAAGGGCAGCCCAGGAGGAACCAGAGCCUAUGCCUGAAGCUGAGACAGCAGCAGAAGCAAUGGGGAAGGUGGGUCUGGCGAUGCCUGCGGCUCCAGUGGGACCUGCAUCCAGUGUGGGCUCCUCGGCCCUCGGGCAAGGGGCUGGUUCAGGAGACACCUCCCAGGCUCUGUCUCUGAAGGACGAUGCUUCUGUUGACGUGGAGCACAAAGGAGAAGACAACAGUGCUGACCUGGCCUCCCCUGACUCUGGCUGUGAACUCACACUGGCGGAAGCCGUGAGCAAAUCUCAGGAACCAAGCGGGGAAGAAAAGGAUUUAUCUGACCCGUCAAUAAAACCCAGCCUGAAAGAAGAGAAUUUAAAGACUGCUGUUCCAGUGGUCUCCCAGAGAGCAGGCUUGAGGGAGGGCACAGAGGACAGAGCUAAGCCACCGCGGCACAGGGCUCCCGAGAGCGACACCGGCGAUGAGGAGCAGGACCAGGAGAAGGACUCGGUCUUCCUGAAGGACAACCACUUGGCCAUCGAGCGCAAGUGCUCCAGCAUCACGGUCAGUUCAACCUCCAGCCUGGAAGCAGAGGUGGACUUCACAGUGAUCGGUGACUUCCACGGCACAGCCUUUGAGGACAUCUCCCGGAGCCUGCCCGAGCUGGACAAGGACAAGAGUGAAACGGAAGAUGAAGGCCUGGUUUCCUUCCGGGACAUUGACAAAGUAGUUCCAGGACUGGAAGAGGAUGUCAAAGGCGGGGAGAAGGUCUCCCAGCCCAGGCCAGAUGCCUCCCAGCUAGAGUCAUCAGCCCUGAAAACUGAUGCUGUGACCGUCGGCCAGGGGCUGGGCAUGAAGAAGCCUGAAGCAGACGGCUCUGCUCCCCACCAGGUUGGCACCACAGAUGCAGCCCAGGUGGAAGGAGGCACCCCAGGCAGCAGGGACACCACAGCCACUGGCACCGCAGAGGCAGACCACAGCACCAAGGCUGGGAAAGGGGCCGUUCCUAUGACAGACCUUCGCUCCCUCUCACCGAUCACCAGCGGCUCUGCUGGGAAGGACGUGCUCACCAGCAUAUUCAGUGCCACUGCGGAAACCCUCUCGACUUCCACCACUACCCACGUUACCAAGACUGUGAAAGGAGGGUUUUCUGAGACCCGAAUAGAGAAGCGCAUCAUUAUCACAGGAGAUGAAGACGUGGACCAGGACCAGGCACUGGCUUUAGCAAUCAAAGAGGCAAAACUACAGCAUCCUGACAUGCUGGUAACCAAAGCUGUGGUAUACAGAGAAACAGAACCUUCUCCAGAGGAACGGGACAAGAAACCUCAGGAAUCUUGACCAACAUGUUCAUGGAAGUCAGCACCUGUGUUCAAACCGGGAGAACAGCGGAGAAGGAGCCUUCAUGCUGGAUUUGUCAGCAAGACGUAGACAUCCUGGCUGCAAUGUUCAUGGCGAGAGACAAACAUUUUUAACAAAGGAAUAGCAAAUAUAUUAUAUAUAUAUAUAUACAUACAUACAUAUAUAUAUAUAUAAAACCAGGAAACAAAAUGCAUCCUUGCACUGCUGCUAUAUGCUGGAAAUAAUAGCAAACAGCACCACCAACAAACAAAGCCAACCCUCUGCAGAUAAAUUGAAGAAUUUACUGGAUUGGUGAUAAAAUAAGAUUUAAAAAAAAAAAGAAAUUAAAUCAUAGUAAUAACAAGAAUAUUGUUAACAAUAAGCCACCAUCUUGCAUGUUACAUUAAAGGAUACACAAUCAUGAGUUCAUUUGUUGCACACUGAAUGGAAAGGAAAACUGCUUUGCAACAAAGCAAGAAAUAAGCAAACUUGAAAUAAAAUAACAAAACCACAAGCAGAAGCAAAACCAUUCCCCACCUCUGGAAAGAAGAGAGAAAAACAUUGAAUUUAUUACCUUAGAGUUAUUUUCUGAUUCACAAGUGUCGUUUUGCCCUUCUCUUUCCAUGCUGGUUCUUUUGCAUCCUUUGGGGUUCUGUUAACUCUUCCCCUUCCCUUCCUUAUCUUCUCCUCUGUGCACUUGUCCAACCUCUUGUUCUCUGAAGGUAUUUAAGAAGGGGUUUCAUUUCAAACAAAACAAAUGAUAUGUAUAUGGUUUCUCAUUUAUAAAGAAGCAGGCUGUAGGGGUUUCAUAUGGAUGUGCAUUUAAGUUAUGUAUAUUAUUAUAUAUAACGAGGGGGGAGGGAGGGAACAAUACUGAAAUAAUUCAACAGUGCUGGUAAAUAUGAUGACAUUUUUAAAUUAUUAACUCGUUGAUGGACCAUGGUUGGUGUAUUUUGAGACUCUUGGAUCACCCGUGGGACUCCCAGUCCUGCAAGAAGAGAAUGGGGAAGGUUUCAGCCGCUGCUGGAUUCAGGGAGGAAGGGAAGAGAGAUGGGAGAUGUCCCGCUGGCUGAUCUGCAGUGUGUGGUGGUUGGAUGUGGAGGCUCAGUGGUGACUUGGAUGGGCAGGGAAGGAGGUUGAGGCUGUGGCUCCAGCAGCUGUAGGCAUUCAUCUCCCUGGCCCUCACCCAGAGCUAUGGGAAUCAGCUGAGAGUAAGGUGGCAGCCGCAGGACUGUGUUCAUCACUCGCCUCCAGCCCAUUGAGCCGUGCCGCUGGUUGGGGUGGUUUUGCUUUGUUUCUGGAUCCCAGUAAUGAAGUUACUUGAGCUUUGUAGUAGGGUUGAAGGCAGAGGGGUUGGUUCUGCUUUGCCUCCCCUGCUACCCAGGGUGUGACGGCAAGGGCUGCCUGAGGCACGGUGGCUGGUGACAGUGGUGGCAGGCUGGUGGCAGUCCUUCCCGGACCUGCCUAGGGAUGGGCAGUGGAAAGACUGAGCUGUCUCCAUCCCCUCAGAGUGUCCCCAGCAUCCCAGACUGGACAGGAGAGCCCCAGCUCUCUGUGUAAGAAGGUGUGUAUGGAGGAGAUGUCAGUGGAGAUGCCUUCCCCCAACUCAUCCCAGCUUCGGCCCUUGGCCGCAUGCUUCCUCUAUGGCUGCCUUUGGAAGAGGAUCAUGGGCCAAGCCCAGGGCCUUGUACACUGUGAACCAGGCAGUUAGGGUAGACUUGGAACCAAAAUGAGAAAGUAAAGGAAAUAAACGGGUUUCCUUCUUGGAAUCAUCUCUAGCUCCUGCUGAAACAGAAGGGCCCAUGACUCUGCACCAUUUUGCCUUUAGUCUCCCACCCCUCACACAGACUGUGCCCAGAAACAGGAGCGUUUUGCCAGGUCCUGCAGUGGCUCGGAGGAUGCCAGAGAGCAGGAGAGCCUGCGCCGCAAGGAUGUGGGCAGCCCCUGCUCACUGCCUCUGCUGUCCUAGGAGAGAGCCUGCUCCCUGGCAGCCGCUGUUCACCACAUCCCUGGGAAGUCUGUUCUUCUGGCAGGUUUCUCCUGCAGGCGUGAAAGGCAUGAGCACAGGCUGCUGGGGAAGAGAACAGAGCUGCUGGCUGGUGCCAGUGCUGCCAGGUUGUGAGGGUCUCCUCUGCUUCCAUCCAAGCGCCUUUAGUUAAGAGACCAGACCCUCAACCAAAAGAGUGAAAGCAGUUGUGAAGAGGCUGCUUUUCUCUUUCCCCAAUACCCCCAAACCAGUUGUAAUCAGCAGUGGCACUUCUGGAGAGAGGAGGGGGGAUGUGGAGGACUUGGGGUCUGUGCAACAGUGCUGGUGUUCAGCACACUGCAUGUUCCAAGCUCUGAGGAGCCCACCUGGCUUGGGCACCUUUAGGACCCAAGCAGAGGCUGAUGUGAAGCUAGAUACUUGCUUUUGACAUCGUGUAGCUGUAAAACUGAAGGUUCCUGUUCGAAUGAUUGGCCUUACAGAGUUAGACUUGAUGUGCGCUUGGACUGAAGUGAGUUAGUUUGGAGUGAGCAGAUGCAGUCCCUGGCUUCCGCAGUGUGUUCAGUGGGUGACGGUGUUUAGAAACUGUAGAGAAAAACACGGGGAAAAAGGAUAGGAAAAAGCUCCCAGCUUGUUCAGUGGGCGAGGUGUGGGGUUCCUGCUGCUCAGCACCACCGUGGGCUCCGCUCCCCCAGCCUGCCCGUGCCCUUGCUCUGUUCCAGAUAGCUGAUCACUGCUUGCUUUCUUCCCAGGACCUUUCUGUUGAAAGGGGUGGGAGACACGAGUGCCUGUUUUUACCUGAUCCCACAGACUCAUUCCAAACCUGGCCUGCGAUUGCAUGAGUAACAAUGACAGUUAACAGUAAUAAUAUUUAUUUUUAUUUGAGAAGCACCUUACCAACCAACCGCAACGCUCUGUUGUUCCUUCACUAACUCUCCUUUGCCCUUGUUCUCCCUCUCCCCCCUUUGGUCAUAUUCCUUUUCAGUGCUUGGUGGUGUAUGCGUGUGUGCUCACUGUUCUUGUAUUCAAUAAAAGUGAAAUAAAUGUGUUUGAUGCUAAAUCA